AUGGAACACAUCAAAAUAACUUAUCUGUUCAUUGCUAUCUUAACACAUGGAGUGAUUGUGAGAAGCCAGAAUAUGACACAACCUCCGGAUAAUCCUGGUGAGUGAAAUGAAUUACGAAAUCUACAUAAACGUUCCUUGAUUGAAAUGUGCGAUACACUCUGCGAACAUGAAUAAUUGUUCUCCGUCUGGGCCAGUGAAAUUGUACAUCAACUCUAGGACAAUGUCUUUGAGUCUAAAAAAAUUAAAGUGAUCUGAUCUCGAUCCAGAUUAGCUAUACUCUGCCACGAAUUGAACAUGACUUUUCAGUCCAAGCGACGAAGUAUUUCUUUCUGUGGUUUUAUUUUACGGAACACAAGUCUACUAUUUGUGCCCCGAUCGCUAAUAACCAGCUUAACUUUCUUUAACUUACUUCGUUGUGGUUUUCUAUAAUUGUAAAAGCAAAAUGUUGGUUGACAAAAGAUUCUUGGACAGAGGCAGUUUUAUAUUUACUUUAUGAACAAUAUUUUUUUACAGGGUGGUCAUUUGUAAUAUUAUUAUAUUAAGUCGCUUAUUGGCAAGUUUUAAACAAAAAUAAGUAAACUAAAAUUCCCACAAAGCGGACUUAAUUUUGUUAAUAAACUUAUUAUGCAGAUCAUAUGUGAUUUAAAAUGUAAUCUUUUUUCUUUUGUUUCUCACUUAAAACAACAGCCUACGCACAUUUCAAAUCUCAUGCAAUCCUAAUUUAAACACAGUUGAUGCAUUUACUUAAAUGAAUAAUUUAAAAAGAAAUAAAGUGAAAGGGAAUUUUAUGUCCAUAAAUCGUAUCAUAUUUAAAAAAAAUAGUCAGAACAUUUAUGGAAACUGAUCGGCUUAAAACACCCUUUUAAGCGUGGAAAAAAAAAAAUUAUUUGAUUAUUGCCUGCGUGUUUAAUGGUUUAAAGCUAAUAUGUUUGGAACAAUUUGUUCAAUAUUUAAAAUAACGCAAGAUUGCUUCAUGUUUUGCUAGGAGGCAUUUACUGAUCACGUGAUGAUCCACUAUUUGAACUCAGUAAAGGAAAAAUUUUAAAUUUGAAUUUAAAUUAGUCAAUAUGAAAGUAAAACAAUUUUGUUAGUACCAUUUUUUUUCUUUUCUGGUAUAGUAAACAAAGUUGUUCCUAACGUGUUGUACUCUUGUGUAAAUUUGCUUCAUUGCAUCGUUGAACAGUACCUUAAAACAACUACCCCACAGUUCGCUGUAUUGUGAAAAUUUAGCAAACAUUUUCAAGUUCGAUCCGCUUGUGAUCCUUUCGUAAUUCUAGCCAAACAGGCCAAAGUCACAACUCGACAAAAUUUCUAAAUGUCAUUUUGUAACUGCGGAAUCAAUAAACAAGUAGUAUUGUGAAAAUAUUGCUGAGGAGAAUGCAUUUGAAUGGUCACAACAGGGUUUCAUCUCAAGACUAAAAUUACAACCGCCUUGGAGAACAUAUAAACAUUUCAUUUGAUUAAUCACAGUGACACCAUAGGAUUUCGUCCACAGCAGACUCAAAGGUUAGAGCUUCAGCUACAUACAAAAUACAUAGCACCAUGUGAAAGUACUGCUGAAGAGGUUUCAUUUGAAUGGUAACACCAUAGGAUUUCGUCCACAGACUCAAAAGUAAGAACUACAUACUAAAUAAAUAGUACCAUGUGAAUGUACUGCUGAAGAGGUUUCAUUUGAAUGGUCACACCUAGGAUUUUGGCUAGGGAUUCAAAAGUUAAAACUACAUACUAAAUAAAUAGUACCAUGUGAAAGUACUGCUGAAGAAGUUUCAUUUGAAUGGUAACACCAUAGGAUUUCGUCCACAGACUCAAAAGUAAGAACUACAUACUAAAUAAAUAGUACCAUGUGAAUGUACUGCUGAAGAGGUUUCAUUUGAAUGGUCACACCUAGGAUUUUGGCUAGGGAUUCAAAAGUUAAAACUACAUACUAAAUAAAUAGUACCAUGUGAAAGUACUGCUGAAGAGGUUUCAUUUGAAUGGUCACAUAGGAUUUCAUCCACAGACUCAAAAGUUAGAACUACAUACUAAAUAAAUAGUACCAUGUGAAAGUACUGCUGAAGAGGUUUCAUUUGAAUGGUAACACCAUAGGAUUUCGUGCACAGACUCAAAAGUGAGAACCACUUCAUAAGUCUCCUCGAUUGACGGGAUUCACACACAGGCCCCGCUGAAGUAUCGCCGCAGCGAUCUAAAACUGCAAAAUACUGAAUAACAUCGUAAAUUGUUUUCGAUCACUCGCCACUCGCUUUCUCGCUGCACGCGGACGUCCGUCGUUCCCCACCCCUUCCCCUGCCUUAUUCACCAACUUAGCGCAAUGCGAUUUAUUUUCCGGCCGCAACGGUCCAGCUGAAGGGACGCCAUUUUGACACUACGGAGGAGAUAAACGCAGUUCGUACUUUGGACCGUUAAAGAGCCGUAUUUUUCAAGUCUGGCAGACGCCAUGGGAUCCCUGUAUUGCUACACAGGAUAACCGCUUUGAAGGGGGAUGAUGACCAGACUUAAUGGAGCUGUGUCACGGCUGUCUAGUUUAUUUUGUUAUUAAUAGACAGUUUAAGACGUUUUUAAGCGACGCUCGUCAACCGGAAGUGGACUUGUUACACUCUUGAGCAUUGAUUCUGAACAACUAGCAACUAGCAAAUCGUCUCUUUUCGAGCAAAUAAACUUAGCAAUACAAAUUUGGUAGCGUCAAGGUAUUUUAAAAGAGAAAAAGGCUCACUUCCGGUUAACAUGAGUCGCUCAAAAACGUGGUUGCUUAAACUUCCUAAUGUUUGAUUUAUGCGUCCUUAUUCGAACUUGAGAAGGUACUUAUGAAUAACAAAUUCACUGCUUCUUUUCAAACACGAUACAAACAACAACAAUGAACUUUAAAAAACUGUUAGGCUUACAAGUUGUCAUGCAAAAAUCACAAAUGCAAUCCGUUUAAAUCUUCAAGUUUUUCCAUCCGUACCUCUUUUUUUAUUUGUUGAGUUAUUCAUACGUUUUUUUCAUGUUUUAAGUGUUGAGUUCUAUGUUACUCUCAGUUUGAUGACAGUUUCCACUGUUUAACACUUUAAGCCCUAUGAAAGAGUGAUCUUAGUGGUAAUGAGAAUUACGGACAUGAUCACACAAGAUGAAUUUGCUUGAUACUUUAUCAACGUCUCCCCACUACGUUUAUAGGAAAUAAAUAGCGGCAACAAAUGAGAAUUCAAAUUUUGAUCUUAGGGUUUAAAGGGUUAAUGUUAAUACAUUUCGUGACACGGCUCCUAUUAAUUUUAGGUGGUGAACGGUCGGUUCAACCAUCAAUGUCGUCAUCAUUAACAACAAAUACAACGAAAGAAAGAAUAAACACAACAACAGUACAAGAGGAAGAGGUGACAGAAGGAUUAGAAGUAUCUCAAACAUCUAAAGUACCACAGCGACCAACAUCAGGAAUAUUGAAGGCAGAUUCAGAUGCAAAAGGAACAACACACAUUCCAUUGCCUAAAAUGAAAAGCAGUACAACGUACAAUGCAGAGGAUUUUGUUGGUGGUACACUAAUGUCUGAAAUUGGGCCACUUACAAAGAGUAGUAUGUUAACUAUGACGUUACUUCUUGCUACAACGUUAUCCUUGAAUACAGAUGUGAUGACACCAUCAGGGUUUACUAAAGUCUCUGAAAUGACCACAGCAACGCCUACGUUGAUAUCAUAUCCAGUUUUUUCGUCCUCGAAAUCAAAGUUGCAGAUGUCUUUCUCUGAGGAUUCUAAGCAAGCGACAACACCUAUCGUAGAGAUCCUUCCUCUGGUCUCAACGUCAAAGCCAGUUGUGUUGUCAAAUAAAGUUUAUACACCAUCUUCUACUAUAUUGUCAAUGACGUCAACUGAAUCGUCUGUAACAUCACAUUCCGUAGUGACCUCAUCAAUAGAACCAUUGAGACCAUCUACGCCAGUUGACAUUGUUGAUGUCGUCACCGGAGCAACCAUGAUGUCAUCUUCUUCAAUUAAAGACUCUCCCUCUAGAGAGGUAUUAAAAUCCAUGGAGAAAACUAUGUUUUCGCUGUCGAAACAGAAAUCACUUUUCAAUUCUGAGGGGAAAAUGACCUCAUCUCAUACACCAAAAGUUAUGACGUCAUCACAAGUAGCAGUCGAAACUAGUUUACCAGAGAAAGAUGAAUGGAUGACAUCCAAAGUUCCGCAAACCGUAAUGCCACCAAUGACGGUGACGUCAUCUGCAGCUCACGAAGAAAUGAUGUCAUCGCAAGGUUUAAAAGACUUAACGAAAGUCCAGCUUGAGGAAAGAGUCGUCACGUCUAGACUUAAAGAUAUAAGGUCACCUACAACGACCUCAACGUCAUUUUCCUCCGAGAUUAACAAAGUUGUGACGUCCUUGAAAGGUUUAAAAUCCCCUCCUUUAACAAUGACAAUGACAAAUUCUUUAAUAACGGACACGUUAACUUCUUCUCAAGAUAUUAAGACUGUCGUAGUAGAACGUGUUCUCCCACAGAUAGGAUUCGCGAGCUCACCUCAACUCACAACAUCCAUGACUUCAUCCCAGUUUGAACACAAAGUGACGUCCUCUGAAGUUAACCAAUCAUCAUCACGGAUAGAAGACGUUACUUCAACCAAACCUACAAAAAUUGUGACGUCGUCUGUAUUUCGAAAAUUAAUGCUAGAUAAAUACUCAACACGACAGUCAAAUAAGAAAGCAACAUCACAGCCAACAAAAACUUCAAUUGCAUUUUCAUCGUUUUUAACAUCUUCGGUGCAUAACAUACAAGCAAUGACGACAUCGCCAUCUCAGACCUUGACUUUUGCAUUUUGGGAUAAAGAGAUAAAAACGACGUCACGCUAUUUUCUAAAAUCAUCAUCUGUUGAUACUGAUUCUCCACCAAUGAAACAUACGACGCAGCACGAAGAUUUGAAAAUAACGCUAACUUUUUCUUCAUCUCAACUUGCAGAUCUGACCACAUCAUCCCGACCGGAUGUGACAUCGUCAUCAGAUAUGAAAACAACCACAACACAGAAAAACCUUGAAUCUUCCACGACGCCAUCUUCAACAGAAAUUAUGACAUCGCAAAGCAGCUCACCAGUUGCCAUGACUACAAAUGCUGGCGUCGAAGUUAAGGUUGAGAGCACCACGUCAGCACCGGAAACGGAACACAAUGUUACCCACACCACCCAUCCUACUGAUCAUGAAGAGCCGCACGGAAAUAUCACGCACUCACCACAUGAUCUACACGUGACACACCACACAAUGGGCACUCCAAAUGAGCCUGAUGUAGACGCCGCCACGGGUGAUGAGAAGCAGACUGGAGGCGGAGAGAUUGUGUCAAUCAUAGUAGUGCUUGGUCUGCUGGGUGGCAUGAUUGCAUUCGUCAUUUUCAUGAUAAUAAAAGACAGGGCCAGAACAGGGUAAGGCAUGGUAUCUCUAAAUCUUUAGCAACACACUCAAUGGUCUCCUACAAGUGACAUGAAGGCCUGCCUCCCCAGGAAGGGGGGCGGGGGAUGGCUUCUCCCUACUCCCUUUAAUGGCCUAUACGGGGAGGCUUAGCCCAGAAGGGAUACCUUUUUCAGGUUUCAGGUUUAUGAAAGGGUAGGAGUUUCACUAGUUGAAUUAUAUGAAAGGGCAGGGGACAUUUGUCAUUGCGCUCUGUGGAAGGGCUAACAGGCGCAUUUUAUGGCUGUUUAAAAGGCAAGAAAACUUACUGGUUUUGUGAUUUAUUCAUAUAUUAUUAUUAUUAUUAUUAUUAUUAUUAUUAUUAUUAUUAUUAUUAUUAUUAUUAUCAUUAUUUAGAAGACAGUGCAUUCACGGUGGUUAAAAGAAUGCCGCGUUCUUUACUCGGUAUGUGAAAGGGGUACGCUUUGUCAGUAAAUGCCCUUGUUUGUCUAAAAUGGUGUUCAAAACGAUAAGGGUUGGACCUUGGGGCCGAGCCUGCCCGUACAAAAUGUUUUUUUUGGUACCCCACCCCCCAGUCUCUCUGAUCUUGCCACACUAUUGUCUCCUUUCUAAGAAGCGCUUACCAUUUGCCAGAACUUGCCGGCCUGACCCGUCCAGUCAUCAUGAGAAUUCACUGGUCAUCGGGACUAUCCACCAAGAUCAGUUUCUUCCUAAAUUUUAUGUACAGCAGUGAUGGGUUUUAUUAAAAAUUUAAGAAAAGACUAAUAUUUCAUUUUUAAAAUGACAGGUCUGGCUGGUUGGUACUGACUUUUGAAAAGCACCCUUAAGACUCAAUCAGUUUGUUCAUGAGAAAAGUCUGAUUGGGCCGGUUGUCGACAUCUCGGUUGUUGCAACUGGGAUCUCUUAACCGAGAUGAAAACUUUCCCAUAUGAACAGUCUGAUCUGGUCACCAAGAUGAAUGGUACGCAUGCGUAUCCCUUUAAAGAGCGUGUUCCAUCAUUUUGACCUGUUACUUAACUUCUCAAACUCAUUAAUUAUUCAUUACGAAAUACUAAGCAUUCGACAGUGUUUCAUCACCAGAUGAAACAUCUCGAAGUCGUCGAAAAUACUCCGCUGCGCUUCGUAUUUUCAACUCUUUUCUCAGAGUGUUUCAUCUGGUGAUGAAACACUGCGUCUUAAUUGUGCUUGAUAUAUUACGUCAAAAAUGAUGACACUGUGCGAUUACUAAAAACGCAAGCGAUUGAAUAAAUAAAUAAAUAAAUUUUUACAUUAAAGGGCCCAAAUCUCCCGUCAAAAUAACUUUUUUUCUUUCUUCGUCCUGCAGGGGGGCAAACCUAAAGGAUCGCAAGCUUCCAGGUAUUUCGAAUUACUUCAGCAUAUUUAGCUGUAACGACCAGUUGGUAAAAAAGUUCCAAAAUCCUUGGGCCAGUAGGAGGAUAUAUUCCUCAGUUUGAUAGCCAAUUAACUUCUCUCUACGAAAGCGUAGAGUCUCCUGGCAAAGUCAAUCUCUUUCACUAGAGACUGGCCUUUGUCCACUUUUACUUUAUAAAGGAAACCUCAUAUGUACAGUACCGCAAAUGAUUCCCAGACCAGAAAUAAUCGCCAAAAUGGACCGCAAUUGAUCCUCGACCUCAAAUGAUCCCCUUGCCGACCCAAAGUAAUCAAGUGAAAAGUAAAGGAAUUGAAUGGAUUUUAGGCAUGCAUGCUUGCAUGGUGAAUGUGCUAAGAACUUGAAGAACGCGUCAAACAAUGAAAUAAAAAAGGCGAUAAAAACGAACUGCAGUUGAGUGGGGAUCAUUGGCGUUGCUGUACAGUGCACCUUCUCGGUCGGGGUUUUGAGAUUAACCUUAGAAACGUCUGGCUAGCUUCAGAUACUAAACGUUUUUACUUUGAAUUUUAUUUGUUUUAAUACUGUUUUCCACCUGUCUCGUCCAGUUAUCGGUGAUGACCAUGGUUUUAAGCCUCUUAAAGAAGUACCAGAAGAAAAAGAAAAAGAAAAAGAACAUAAGGUUACCCACGUGGAGAAGAGAAACAGCCAGAGAUACAGUUAUCAUGGCAACCCCGAAGACGCUAUCCCACUCUUAGAGCUUCACAUUCAGGACGGUAGGCCGCCUGUGCUUAAUUCAAAUGACGAGACACAGGAAGCCCAGCCUGAACAGCCGGCGGUGAAACCCCUUCUUGAUGUAUAUGGAGACAGCAAUACGACAAUGUCGUCUCGAAAAUCAAAAGAGAAAAUUUGGCCUGCAGUGGUGUAA